AUGAUAAUGGGACAAUUGGGCGGCACACACGACGCGAGACACGAAGGAAAUAGCGACGUAGGCACCAUUCAAUUGAAACUUGAAACUCUUAUCUCCCUCCCAUUUUUUCGUUUCGGCGUCUGUGGACCUAGCGAGGUGCAGGAGAUUAAGAAGAUCCAGUUCUGCCUAUCUUCGAAGCUUUCUUCCGAAAAUUCCCUCUUCUGCUCUAUUUAUAGCGCGUUUCCUCACUUCCUUAUCUGACAUUACUUGCUGUCCUUCAAGAGAAUCAAUGGCUGCUUCAACUUCCAAAGCUUUCUUGGGUGAUAUCUACGUGGAUGAUAUCGCCACAAGUUGCAGCAGUGCACUGGACAUCGUCACAAAGCAUACUGGUGUUUACUUCAAAGACAGAAGCCGUAAAGGUUGCCUGCGAGCUAAUGUCGAUAUUAGAAGGCCAGAACCGUUGUAUCGUCCUCUAAGUUCUCGAUAUUCUGUUUUUCAUGCUAAUUGGAGGAAGCAGAACUCUAGCUUGCGUCAUGGGCCAUGGCUGAAGAAUUUCUCUGUUACCUCUCCUGCUUGCUUCUCAGCAGGGCCGGCACAAGAAGUGUCAUGUGAUGGCAGCACUCCUGAUGACCAGCUUGCAAAUUCUUCCCUUUCUCUUGAGCAACCCAUUGGAAGAGAGAGGACCUUGAAGCUGGUUUCAGGAUCAUGCUACCUACCUCAUCCAGCUAAGGAGGAGACGGGUGGAGAGGAUGCUCAUUUUAUUUGUUCAGACAGACAAGCAAUCGGUGUUGCAGAUGGUGUAGGAGGCUGGGCAGAUGUUGGAGUUAAUGCAGGAAUUUUUGCCCGUGAACUUAUGUCUAAUUCAGUAAGAGCAAUUCAGGAGGAACCACAAGGUUCUAUCAAUCCGUUGAGGGUGUUGGAGAGGGCUCACUCAAGUACAAAGGCCAAGGGUUCAUCAACAGCUUGUAUCAUUGCCCUUACUGAGGAGGGACUACAUGCUAUUAAUCUGGGUGACAGUGGAUUCGUUGUGGUUAGAGAUGGACACACCAUUUUCAAGUCCCAAUUUCAACAGCAUGGCUUUAAUUUUACAUAUCAAUUGGAGAGUGGCAAUGGAGGCGAUCUACCUAGCUCUGGCGAGGUUUUUACGAUCCCUGUUGCCCCGGGAGAUGUUGUCAUUGCUGGUACCGAUGGACUGUUUGACAAUUUGUACUACAAUGAGAUUACUGGGAUUGUUGUAGAGGCAGUAAGGGACAGGCUAGAACCCCAAAUUGCUGCUCAGAAGAUAGCAGCACUAGCUCGUCACAGGGCACUGGACCAGAAUCGGCAGACACCAUUUUCGGCUGCCGCUCAAGAGGCUGGGUUCCGCUAUUAUGGUGGCAAGCUUGAUGACAUUACAGUUGUUGUAUCGUACAUAACAGAGCACAAUUAGUGCGUGAGUAUAUCUCUAAUCCUUACUUUUACCUUAGCCUGUAUAGUCAUAUAUGUUUAGUUGCUAUUCAGCUAGCCCAGUCCAACAUUAGUUUCCCCUUUUGACCUGCAUGGUCCUCUCUACUUGUAUUUUUUCACUUGAAUUGGAGUUGCUAGUGUUGAACAUGAACAAUUUUGUUGUUUAAUUUCUUGAAAGGCCGUUACGUUUCAU